UGGUCGCAAACAAACGAAAACAAGGGCCCGCUUCGAGUUUGCGCGGUGUCGUUUUGCUGUUAUAGUAGUUUGAAAAUGUCAAUAAUAGCGAUAAUGAAGUAUACAAAACUCAACAUCGCUAUCUCUCAACGCGCAUGCGUCUUUACGCAUUGGGAUAUAACGUGGAAAAAUCAUUACAGUGCAUGGAAAGCCCUGCAUAGCUCAGCCAUUCGCUCGACAUUUUGGCGUAAAAGAUGGCCUUAAGCUUGCACGAAAGCUUUGAAAGGUGUUGUCGACUAUGUGCGGAGGAGCAAGAAGUGACUAUAAUGAUAUUCAGCGCAGAAGCCGAAGCUAUGCUUCUGCAGAACAAAUUGAACAAGUACUUGUUAAUUGAGGUAGAUGAGGAAGACAAACUCCCUAAAAAUAUCUGCAUCAGAUGCUGUUCUAAAUUGCAAACUGUCUGUGAGUUUAUUGACACAGCCCGCAAGGCGCAGGAGGUGCUGCUCAACCAGAGCAUCAUACUUGACCAGUUCGACCCCCCCAGCUCCCAGAAUUGUAUGGUGCAACCUAUAACUGAAAUAAAAUCAGAAGUUGAAUACUCCGAUGAUGAAAACCCUAUCACUGAAAUGGAAAUUAGUGUUGAUCCGAUGAUGAUUCUUCAGAAUUCAGACAGUUUAUUGUCUCCUAAUAUAGAAGAGAGUACAGAAGAUAAAUGUAAUGAUCAAGAAGAAGAUAUAACACACCUGCACAGUGUGGACGGUGAGAAUGUGACUAUCAAAUUAAUAAAAAAAGGUGAUGCACAUGCAGACCAGUCGGCACCAGGAUUAAAGAAAAAGAAAAUUAAACCUUUCCCAUGUAUUACAUGCAAAAGAAGUUUUUACACAGAGUUGGCAUUGAAGAAUCAUUCAUGGAUACAUUUCAAUGAGGAGAGGGUCAACAAGAAAUUUAAAUGUGGCACUUGUGAGGAGAGCUUUGACUACAAGUGUGAUUUAAUUGUGCAUUUGAAGAAACACAGAACAAACGGGAUGUGCACAAUAUGUGGGAGAUGUUUCAGAACAGAAAGAACUUUAGCAGCCCACAUGACUGUGCACAUGGCGUCUAGUAAAGCAUACACUUGUAAAGUAUGCGGAAGGUCAUACAAUACACGGAGUAACUUGAAAACACACAGCAUCACGCAUAGCAGCGAGAGGCCAUAUCAUUGUCACCUCUGUAAGAAAAGUUUCAAGAGAAAUCAGGAUUUAAAGUUCCACAUCAAUCAACACACUGGAGCUAAGCCAUACAAAUGUCCAUUUUGUGAUAAAAGCUUUGCAAGCUCCGGGAACUGCUACUCUCAUAGAAGUCGGAUGCAUCCUGGUCGUCGCGUCGAUGCUAAGGUCCGGAGACGCAUGGCAGCGUCCCGCGAGAGCCCCUUGGCGCGCGACGCCGCGCUGCACCCGCGCCCCAUCGCGCCCAAGCCGGCGCCCGCGCAGCUCACCUCGGUCAAGGGCAUCUUCAAGUACCAGUGCAGCCUCUGCAACCAUAGCUUUAUGAGGAGAGACAAUUACACUUACCACAUGUAUCAGCAUACGGGUGAAAAGCCAUUCCAAUGCACGUUCUGCCAGGACACGUUUGUGACGAGAAGAGGACUGCUACUGCAUCACGACAAGGAGCAUCCGGGUAGCAAUCGGCCCCUUGCGCUACUGUCCAAGAAUGUGCUGUUAAAGUAAUACUAGUAUUAGGAAGCGCUGGUGGCCUAGCGGUAAGAGCGUGCGACUUUCAAUCUGGAGGUCGCGGGUUUAAACCCCGGCUCGUACCAAUGAGUUUUUCGGAACUUAUGUACGAAAUAUCAUUUGAUAUUUGCCAGUCGCUUUUCGGUGAAGGAAAACAUCGUGAGGAAACCGGACUAAUCCCAAUAAGGCCUAGUUUCCCCUCUGGGCUGGAAGGUCAGAUGGCAGUCGCUUUCGUAAAAACUAGUGCCUACGUCAAAUCAUGGGAUUAGUUGUCAAGCGGACCCCAGGCUCCCAUUAGCCGUGGCAAAAUGCCGGGAUAACGCGAGGAAGAAGAAAGUAAUACUAGUAGUCGAUAAACAAGAGGCGCCCCUUGUCUAUGUAGAAGCAACACUUUGGUAUUGUCUGUAGAUUUGUAAGUGGACCCGGGUCGCUAAUCCUCUGUCUAUUGUUAAGUAAAACCGUACUGAGUGCUGGCGAGUCGAACCAGUCUAAAAUGUGUCAUCGAGAUGCGUAACGAAGGCGCGUUAUCGAAGAGCGCACCUAUACUGGUUUUUUCGCGUUGUACUAGCCUGCGCUUAGGUGCCAAUUAGAAUUAUUAAGACCCUUUUUUGCAGGUAAGUAGCAAGUGUGGUUUUACUUAACAACAGACAAAGGAUGGGGUCUGUUACGAGUCUACUAUAACCUAUACAGACUACGAUCUAUAGACCUUUACAACUUGAGUUAAGGCUACAUAAUGGUCUGCCGACCGUUACGUUACUUAAAUUCAGUUGUUGAAUAUCAAUUAUAUGAAUUUUGACGAAAAUUCCUUGAAGUCACUAUAUAGAUGAGAGGCUCUUCUUAUUUUUUUACCUAACAUUUAAGUGUAUUGAAACAGUAUUAGCUUUAUUCCUUAAUACAUGUUCCAUUCGGGUCAGAGUUGGUAGUAUUUGAAUUUAUAUAUGUGAUUCAACACUACACUGCAAUACAAAGAUUAGUCCUUUAAUUGCAUGCUAGUCAUUGGAAAGCUUGACAAUUUCGAGUUCCCACUGGU